UAUCAGACACUGGAGGGACCUCAUCGCAAAAGGCGACAAACCUACCUAAAGGCAACUCUUUUUCCUUCCCCACUCCGGGCGUCUCGCCGCCGACCACAGCCCUCCCCCCCAAACCCUAGCCCUCCCGCCGCCAUGGCCGACCCGCGGCUGUUCCCGUCGGGAUCCAACUCCUCCGGCGACGCCUCCGGCCCCGGCCGCCGGAAGUACAACCCCUACCACGACCUCAGCACCCCCUACAGCUACCAGACCCUCUACGACCUCCCCACCUCGCCGGAGUUCCUCUUCCAGGAGGAGUCCGCGGCGCAGCGCCGCUCGUGGGGGGAGAACCUCACCUACUACACGGGCGUCGGGUACCUCUCCGGCGCCGUCGCCGGCGCCGCCCUCGGCCUCCGCGACGCCGCCGCGGGCGCGGAGCCCGGGGACACCGCCAAGAUCCGCGCCAACCGCGUCCUCAACUCCUGCGGCGGCGGCGGCCGCCGGCUCGGCAACAGGCUGGGCGUCAUCGGGCUGAUGUACGCCGGGAUGGAGAGCGCCAUGGUCGCCGCGCGCGACCGCGACGACUGGGUCAACAGCGUCGCGGCGGGGCUCGGCACCGGCGCGCUCUUCCGCGCGGCGAACGGGCCGCGGUCCGCCGCCGUCGCUGGCGCCAUCGGAGGGGUCCUCGCCGGCGCCGCCAUGGCCGGCAAGCAGCUCGCCAAGCGAUAUGUGCCUGCCAUAUGAGGCUUCGCCGCGGUAUCCCUUGUUCACUCUGAUCAAAGGAUCGAAUCAAUCAAUCCGUCGAAAAAAAAAAUGGUCUUCUGUUUGUUUGUCUGAUCUCCAGGUUAGCUCAUCGAUUUGGGAAUGGUUUAGCCAUCUCGAGAAAAAAAAUAUGUGAUGUUUAGUCGUAUGUGGAUGGUUUGAAUGGAAAAUUUUGACCUCUCCUUGCAAUGUUGUAACAUCAUGUUUAAUGUAUAACUGCAUACAUUUUGCUGAUGUUGCUGAGCGAUGAGAAGAUGAUCCAAGAGUUUGUGGCAAUCCGAGUUAUGAAAAAGAAUCGUGUUGACACCUAUUUGCAGAUCUGUUCUUGAUCGUUAUACCUAUUGUUCAUGAUCGUUGCAA